CCGAGUCGCCCACGAACGCGAACCCGCAGACGGUCGGGAGCAUUCAGUCGGUCAAUUUGGAUUCUAUGCUGCGUCACACCUUCAUACCGGACUACACGGUGCGCGCGGUGACCGAGGUAUUCUACGUGAAAGUCAAGAGAUCCCUGUACCUCGCCGCGAAGCGCGCCACCCUCCUGGAGAGAAGCCAAAAGGAUCCGCUGCCUAGUCAGGAACAGUUCGACGAUGAAGUGGAGAAGUUGCUGCAUUCACUGGAGGAGGACGAUCGCAGUGUACCUGAAUCUCCGAUAUUGCCCGCGGACAGACUGACGGACAGCGAGCGGGGAAAGGACGCCGUCACUCACUCGCCCAUACGCAGCGUCACGGCGCCGACGUCGCCGCUUCCGGUCAGCGCCAGUCCGAUCACGAAUUCGAAGUUCAUCUCGCCGCGGAACGAUGGAAAAAUCAGGAAUUCAACAGCGAAGGUACAAACGAGCCCAGUGGAGAUGCAACUUAAACGCGACUCGUUGAGCGCGCUCGAUGCGGACGUUCUCGCACGGCAGUCCGAGAUGGCACGAAUGUCGCCCGCCAUGAAGAAGCUGAGCGGCGACGAGGAACGAACAAAUCUCUUGCCUAAACAGGAUAACUCUUAACGCUUGCAGAACGGCCGACGGCACUCGCUGCUGUCGGCGAGGUCGGUGACGUUG